ACUUUCUGUGACAGCGUCUAGCAGUUUUGAAAGUUUUCGUUCUUUCAACGGAAAGUACACUACAACAUUCUCGAUGUAAGACAGCCAUCUGGCGUUUUCCUGACAGAUAAGGAAUUUGGGCUUGUUAAGAAGUUGUACUAGAUAUACGAGGAUGACGUCAACAAGCAACAUGCAGACUUUGGAUAAUGCCAGGAGAAAGGAAAAGAACGGUUUGCAAUGUAGAAGGGAAGAGAAACCUUACAAGUGUGAAGAGUGCAGCAGCCAGUUCAGAUGGCUGAGUGCUCUGAAGACUCACAUGCGGGCUCACACAGGGGAGAAACCCUACAGUUGUGAGGAGUGCAAUAUGCAGUUCAGCCAAAUGAGUGCCCUGAAGACCCACAUGCGGACUCACACAGGGGAGAAACCGUACCAGUGUGAGGAAUGCAGUAUGCAGUUCAGUCAAAUGAGUGCUCUGAAGACUCACAUGCGGACUCACACAAGGGAGAAACCCUAUAGUUGUGAAGAGUGUAGUGUGCAGUUCAGUCAUAUGAGUGCUCUGAAGGGUCACAUGCACACUCACACUGGGAAGAAACCAUAUAUGUGUGAGGAGUGCAGCAGGCAGUUCAGUCAUCUUGGUAAUCUGAAGAGACACAUGCGGACUCACACAGGGGAGAAACCCUACAAGUGUGAGGAAUGCAGCAGGCAGUUCAGUCAGCUGGGUCAUCUGAAGACCCACAUGCGAACUCACACAGGGGAGAAACCUUACAAGUGUGAAGAGUGCAGCAGACAAUUCAGUGAGCUGGGUCAUCUGAAGACCCACAUGCGAACUCACACAGGGGAGAAACCUUACAAGUGUGAAGAGUGCAGCAGACAAUUCAGUGAGCUGGGUGUUCUGAAGACUCACAUGCGGACUCACACAGGGGAGAAACCAUAUAUGUGUGGGGAGUGCAGGAGGCAGUUUAGUCAGCUGAGUAAUCUAAAGAAACACAUGCAGACUCACACAGGGAAGAAACGCUUCAAGUGUGAUGAGUGCAGCAAGCAGUUCAGUGAGCUGUAUAAUCUAAAGACACACAUGCGGACUCACACAGUGAAGAAAUCAUAGAAGUGUCAGGAAUGCAGCAGGCAGUUCAGUAAGCUGGGUAAUCUGAAAAGACACAUGCGGACUCAUAUAUCAUACAGGUGAGAAACUCUACAGGUGUGAAGAGUGCAGCAGGCAGUUCAGUAGGUCAGAAAUUCUGAAGGACCACAUGCGGACUCACGGAGGAGAUGCCCUUCAAGUGUAGGAGUGCCGCAGACAUGUACAGUUCAGUGACCAUGGUAAUCUUAGAAGGCACAUACAAACACACAAGUAAGCAAGGUACGUGAGUGUGGAAGUAAUGUUACAGGAGAGAUGCUGGUCUGGUAGUGAAUUCGAAGGAUUUCAUGCCAGCACUGAGCAUACUUUGUAGAUUUACGUUUUUUCUACAUUUUAUGUAUGUAUUGUAUACUCAUAUUAUUGAUAAUCUCUUCUUAUUGUUUAGUCUUGUAUUAUUUGUAAGUUAGUAGUAGUUAGUUUUUAGUUCUGAUAAUGAUUUUGGCAUCUAAAAUGAUCUUGCAGUUCUUUGUUAUGAAGAUUAGAUUUUUCCUCGGAAAUGUAUCACAAUCAAUGUAUUUGCUAGAUGAUUUCCUACCUCAUUGUUUCUAGUUUCGGCACAUUAGAACUAAGCAAAGUAGAUUCUGUCUCAUUUUUUAAAGUUUAAUUGAAUGCCGUUUGUACUUAACUCGUUAAGGUUUAUGAUAUUUUAGAGAUUUUUUACGUAAAAGCAUAUUUCAAGCUUUUGGUGUGUGCAUAGCUAUAAUAGCAAUAGAAAUAAUGGAGACAGAUGUUUUGCGAAGGAAGAGUUCUUUCGUUACUAUAGCUAUUAACUCCUUUGAUUGUAGUACCUGUAGUGUUUGUCUUAUCACGUAUUUGUCUAGUUCUUUUAUUUAUAUAGAUAGGUAAGGUUACAUCUUUUCAUUUUAUGGUAAGUUGCAUGGGUUUGUUGAGCAUUUUAUAUUACAAGUUACAAAUGCAGUCGUCUAGUUCUAUUUAAUCACAAUAAGUAGCAAAAAAACUUUUGUUAUGCAUAUAACAGCCAAGUAUGUAUAGAAAUAUAAUGUAUGCGGUUCGUUUUGACCUUAGGCCACGUUGAUUUGAUU